AUGAUCAGGACCCUGCUGCUGUCUGCACUGGUGGCUGGAGCUCUCAGCUGCGGGCGCCCCACUCACCCGCCACAGCUGUCCAGGGUGGUUGGAGGUAACGAUGUGAGUCCCAACAGCUGGCCCUGGCAGGCCUCCCUGCAGUACAGUUCCAAUGGCCAGUGGCGCCACACCUGCGGAGGGUCCCUGGUGGCCAAAAACUGGGUCCUGACAGCUGCCCACUGCAUCAGCUCCUCCAGGACGUACCGCGUGGUGCUGGGCCGCCACAACCUCUCCGCUGAGGAAUCCGGCUCGCUGGCCGUCAAGGUCUCCAAGCUCGUGGUGCACAAGCACUGGAACUCCUCCCAGCUCUCCAAAGGGAAUGACAUCGCCCUGCUCAAACUGGCUGUCUCUGUCUCCCUGACCGACAAGAUCCAGCUGGCCUGCCUCCCGCCUGCCGACACCGUUCUAGCCAACAACUACCCCUGCUACGUCACAGGCUGGGGAAGGCUGCAGACCAACGGGAUUCUCCCUGACAUCCUGCAGCAGGGCCGGUUGCUGGUAGUGAGCCAUACCAAGUGCUCCAGCUCCGACUGGUGGGGCAGCUCUGUAAAGACCAAUAUGGUCUGUGCUGGGGGUGAUGGCGUGAUCUCCAGCUGCAACGGGGACUCUGGCGGGCCACUGAACUGCCAGGCGGCUAACGGCCAGUGGCAAGUGCACGGUAUAGUCAGCUUCGGGUCCUCGCUCGGCUGUAACUACUACCGCAAGCCCUCCGUCUUCACACGGGUCUCCAACUACAUCAGCUGGAUCCAUUCGGUGAUUGAAAAUUACUAACCAAAAGAAGUCUCCAGAGCUGUUUCAGGCUUGGAAAGGUC